AUGGUCAAAUCGAAAUCAUCGGCGGUGUCAUCCUUCCUCCGCACCAACAAUGUCAUGCUCUUGAUGGGAAGCGAUUUCCAAUAUACCAAUGCCAAUCCGUGGUUCGAUAACAUGGACAAAUUAAUCAAAUAUGUAAAUGCAAAUAAAUCGUUGAACGUCAAUGUCCUCUAUUCAACGCCGGCGUGUUAUGUUAAUGCGCAUAGCUUCUGGACCGGAUAUUUUACAAGCCGUCCUGGGCUGAAAGGAAUGAUUCGAAAAGCCAGCUCUUACCUGCAGCUCGCCAAGCAACUCGAUGCGCAAUUUUUCCUCGGUCCCACUGACGACAGUGAUGUAGAGAUUAUGAAGAAAGCUUCUGCGCUGACCCAACACCACGAUGCUGUCACUGGAACUGCUAAAGAAAAUGUCACUCGUGAUUACGAACUACGACUCCACAAAGCCCUGACUGAAUUGGAGCAAGUCAUCAACGAUGCCCUGGCCGUCAAUCCUAGCAAAAAGGCACCAGCCCAGUAUAAACUGUGCCUGUUGACCAACGAAACCGCCAUUGGACCAGAACGUGAGCUCGGUCAGCACGGCAUGCAAAUUGGAAGUGACAAAGGGCGAGCUAGUGCAAGAAGAUCCGCCAAGGGAGCUGCCGAUUUACAUCGCCCACUUGCCGUAAAGAAAUUUAACGAACCAAUUUUGGCUUAUGCUCCUGUGGAGGACUUUGCCGAUUAUCGCUCGAAAUAUGUGACUAAGUUUGAUGGACUCACAAGGGAACUCCCGCCAUUUGUGAAUCUUUUGACCCUGGAAAAGAAGGGUGGAAAGACACUGCUGCUCCGCCUUGAACACAUCUACCAAAGUAGCGAUGAAGCUACUAACUCGAAACCGAUGGAUAUUUCGUUGAAGGGCCUGUUCACCCGUUUCGAGAUCAGCGCCAUCAAGGAACUGAGCCUGGCUGCAAACCGGAACAUCACGAAUUUCUUCCGGCUUCGCGAUGAUUUUGUCGUUCAUAUCAACCCACAAGAAAUCAAGACCUUUGAGCUCUCGGUCAAGGAAAAC